CAGGCAGUUAGUAGAGUUAGUGCACCAGUGUGAAGCGGAGUGGGAAGUGUUCAUUGCCGUGCUGGAGCCAGAGCAGUAUUGUCUCCAAGCCUCCUGACAAUACUUGAAUGUUUCUGUGGAUGUUUAUAACGCACGUGGCGAGCUGAACGUGCACAUGCUGUUGUCACUGCAUCGUUCUAAUGUGCUUUAGAACUGAACCUGAAUUGCUCAGGUUUUUCUACACUCACUCAUCGCAUCGAGUGAAGAGGCGUGAUGUUGCUGGAGGUGGUGGCGGUGGUGUUGCUGGUGGUGCUGGUGGCUUUCUACCUCAACAAGGACCCACCAGGGCUGCCUCCAGGACCUCCCCGCUAUCCAGUCAUCGGCUGCCUCUCUCAUUGCCAUACGAUUGAAGACUGUAAAAAAUUUCAGAAAAAGUAUGGUGAUACAUUCAGUUUGCGGAUUGGCAGCCAAACCCUCGUCACCAUGUGCAAUUACAAGACAAUGAAAGAGGCAUUUGCAAGAUACGAAUUUAUUGACAGACCAAACUGGGACUUCUUGAACUUCCUUUCAGACGGAGAGAUGGCAGGAGUCAUCUUCAGGAACGGGGUGCCAUGGCAGACUUUGAGACGGUUCCUGCUGCGCCACCUGCGGGGUAUGGGCAUGGGGAAGUCCCGGUUGGAUGACGUCAUCUUGAGGGAAGCCGAAGAACUGGUGAAAGACUUCAGAAAGUACACCCACGGGCCAGCCUUCUUCCCGCCCUCGAUAAACGUGGCCACACUCAACAUUAUCUGGCAGUUGGUGGCGAGCCGCCGAUAUAACAUGGAUAACGAGGAAAUCAUAAGGUUUGUAGACCUCGUUCAGGAAUUCCAAGAAGAUAUCCCCUGGUUGGUGCUGCCGGAUUUCUUUCCCUGGCUGAAGUACCUGCCAGGGCCCCUCGUGCGGCGACUGUGCAGGGAAGAUAAGCUGAAAGCGAACACUAAGAUUGGCAGGGACAUAAUGGAGGAGGCAGUGAGGGAGCACCGCGCUUCCCUCAUCCCCGCCAGCCCCAGGGACGUGCUGGACGAGUUUCUGCUGGAGAUGGAAAACCAGAAGAACGAUCCAAACUCCGUUUUUAAUGAGCAAGACUUAAUCAAGACCAUCUUUGACCUGUUCACUGCCGGAUACGACACAACUUCCAAUAUGUUACGCUGGGUCAUCCUGCACAUGGCCAACCAGCCAGAGGUGCAGCGUCGCAUCCAGCAGGAACUGGACGAGGUGGUGGACCGGGCCACCCUGCCCUCUCAUGUUCACCGGCCACGACUGCCUUACCUGGACGCCACUAUCAAUGAGGUGCUACGUGUGUCGGCCCUGGUGACUAGCGGGGUAGCUCACGCUGCUGCGCACGACACCUACCUCGAUAAACACUUUAUUCCGAAGGGAACUAUUGUCAUAGGAAACAUUGGAUUUUGUCAUUUUGAUCCAAAUUAUUGGGAUGAGCCAGAGGAGUUUCGACCGGAACGGUUUUUGAAUGAGUCUGGGAAACUGAGCAUCCCCAAGGAGGCCUUCCUGCCCUUCGGCACAGGCAAAAGGAGUUGCCUUGGGCAAGCCCUAUCCAGGAUGGAGCUGUACGUGUUUUCGGCGGCACUGCUUCAGAACUUUACCUUUGGUGUUCCGGAAGGGCGGACUGUGGACUUCAGUCCUCGACCGAUGUCCGGCAAUAACUUUCCCAAAGACCAAGAGAUUGUCAUCAAGCUCAGGCACUGAGGCUUUUCAUACUACAUAUAGCACAAAGAAGUGACUUUUUUUUUUUGUGUGUGUGUGUGUGUGUGUGUAAUGAACACAACAGUGUUAUUUGGUUGUAAAGAUAAGUAAAAACUUAUUAUUUCAUUCUUGGCGAAGUACCUGCAAUAAAUGCUUAAAGUAA